AUGACUUCAUUUUCGUUUACCAGUUGGCUUACAUGCGCCGUGGUCAUCAUCAAUUUCUUGACGCUUGCGGAGGCCGCCAACUGCGCGCCUGGCACCUACUUGUCCGGAACCGCUUGUCUGCAGUGUGAAGCGGGAUCCUACACCAAAGAGUAUAAUCAGCGGUCUUGCACCAAAGCGAGAGCGGGGUAUUACAUCCCCAACGCCGGGGCAACCACUGAAACACCUUGUAUCAGAGGCACCUACAGUGCGACCCAGGGCUCCACUUCAUGCCUGAGCUGUCCGGCAGGGUCUAUGUGUCCGUCCGACGCUCUCGCGAAUCCACAGAAAUGUUCGCCAGGUCGCUACUCCACUGGUGGCGCUGUGGAAUGCACAUGGUGCUCACCAGGCACCUUCAACUCCGUACAAGGUGCUACUGGAUGUUGUGCCUGCUGCGCUGGCUGGUUCAACAACAACCCUUCAUUGACAAAUUGUCAAAAGUGUUCGAAUCAGUAUCCAUACUCUACGCCCGGAGCAACGUCGUGCACCGCUUCAAUGGGCCUAUAUGCACCCGUUUCUAGUUGUUCCAUGAGCGGGAGAAAUUGUCGUAACCAAGUACCCGUUCGACGAUCAGAACCAGGCAUACCGACAUGCCACACAUCCAGAGAACGCGCGUGCCCGGUAUAUAAGAUCAACAACGGCGUCCGUACGCAAGUUGGGUACAAGUGUCAAUUCGUUCUCAAUGACCUUUGGUCUUGCGGUGGGUGCCCGUCGGACGACAGCGACGGCUUUUCGGGCAAAGAUUGUACGGAAAUCCCCAACGUGGACUCGGUCGAGUGCAUCAAAGGCCAGUGUGUCCGGGGCGCUGACGGCGUUGCUUUAUCCCUGAAGGAUCCCAACUCGUCUGCAGCUGAGGGGUUGGUAGCGCAGGGUUUCCAUGCUUUCCAUGUGAAGAGUUGGCGCCAUUAA